AUGGACGAUACGGGCACGCUAGUCAACCAGCCUCUUGUCACGAAGUCUCUAAGAGAUGAGAUAACGGCACCGGCAGCCUCCAAUCGGAGCUCGAACUCUGAACAGGAGAAGAAGAUAGAGACGGAGAUUCCACACGAGAACAGAUGCCCAGGGUUCGACGCUGCCUUGGGUCGGAUCUAUCGUUAUACCCCGAUUCCUACCUUGAUUCUCGAUGAAGAUCUGUGUGUCGUGGAGGUUUCAGACAGUCAUUGUACCUUUUCGGGUCAAUCUAGGGAUGUAAUGAUAGGCACUUGUGCCUGCAACCUUCCGGUCCACACCAUCCCGGCGCCUGACACCCCGACUCUGUACGGGGCGUUACGUGCAGCUAUCACCUCGAAAGAGGUUCAAGUCAUGGAGAAAAUACACGUCCAAAACGAAAACUCGAUUUAUCAGCUUCGCAUAACGCCGGUUUUCGAGAAGUCGUCGUUGAUCUAUGUCAUAUUGGAGGCCCAAAGCACUUCGAAACAUCACUGGGUAGCGACUGAUGAACAGCACGCUUACACAAACGAAACAUACAAGAUCCUUGUCGAUACUGUGAAAGAUUACGCCAUCUUCAUGCUUGAUACCCAGGGCAACAUCGCUACAUGGAACCCUGGCGCCGCCAUCCUAAAACAAUACACUCCCUCGGAAAUCGUCGGCAAGCACUUCUCUAUCUUCUACAGUCCUGAGGACCGCGAUAGAGAUAAACCAGGUAGGGGUCUACGUCUGGCUCUACAGAAAGGACGAAUGGAAGAUGAAGGCUGGCGGUAUCGAAAAGAUGGAUCUCGUUUCUGGGCCAACGUGAUGAUUACGCCCAUUUUUCAGUUUGGUCGCCACGUUGGCUUUGUCAAGGUCACGCGUGACCUCACGGAACGGAAGGCGGCGGAGACACGCAUGGUCGCAGCCUUCGAGGAGUCGUCGAAGAUGAAGACAGAUUUUUUGGCAAACAUGAGCCAUGAGAUCCGGACCCCCAUGAACGGUAUGCAGCUUGCGCUCGCGAUGAUGAAGGACACCGACCUUACCGCCCAGCAACUCGAAUAUGCUUCGAUCAUUGAGGAUUCAACGUCGGUUUUGCUCCAGAUUAUCAACGACGUUCUCGACUACUCGAAGCUCUCCUCCGGUUCUUUUUCUCUCUGCUCUGAUAUCGUGGAUAUCAAGAGCAUCUUAGAUGCUGUCAUGCGCAACUGCAGGUCUCUCUUAAAACCUGGGGUUGUUCUUGAUUGUUGGUUCCAACCCGACUUACCUAAAGUUGUGCGUGGCGACCCUUUACGGUAUCGUCAAGUCGUUCAGAAUAUGCUUGGAAACGCGGUGAAAUAUACGGAAUCCGGCUAUAUUCGGCUCUCUGCUACUUUCUCACUCGACGAAUCAGAUCCACAGGCAUACAUAGUUACGACGGAGUUUGCAGAUUCUGGAGUUGGGAUUCCCGAAUGUGCUAUCAAUACUCUCUUCACCCCUUUCACGCGAUUUGCCGACUCGGAGGCCCAGAAGUACCAAGGCACUGGCCUUGGUCUUUCUAUAUGCAAGAGUUUAGCGGAGCUUAUGGACGGCACAGUGGGCUAUAGGCCUGGUCCAGAAGGCAAAGGCAGCGUGUUCUGGUUCACGGCCAGAAUGGGUCGCGCAGACAUAGGGUAUUCAAAAAAGAAGCCUAUAAUACCUCCAACCGACGAUACAAAGGACCUUUUGAACAAAGUGCGGGAGAUCGCGCCACGCAAGCAUAUUUUACUUGUCGAGGACAAUCUUGUCAACCACAUGGUAAUGCUCAAGCUUCUUCAAAGUCUGAAUUUUGAGCGCAUCGAUGUAGCAUGGGACGGGGAGGAGGCCGUUCGACAUGUCAAGCAGACGCCUUUGUCAUACAAUGUGGUCCUCAUGGACAUCAGCAUGCCAGUGCUAGAUGGACUGGGAGCGACGUCGCAGAUCAGAGCUAUGGGCGUCGACGUGCCUAUCAUUGCCCUCACGGCAAAUGCGCUAAAGGGAGAUAUGGAGACAUAUAUUGCUAAGGGAAUGGAUGAUUAUAUCGCAAAACCGGUCCACCGGGACAAGUUCGCCUUUCGGGGGCCUCUGUCUGUUGUGAGUCGACUGGGCGAGGGCGCUGGAUGA